UUCAUGAAUGUCUAGACUGAUAGUUUUAGAAACUGCUGUCAUAUAUAUACGCGGUGUGUGUUAAACUGGGGGGAUAACCAGAAUACAUUUUUCCUGCUCCUGCAGGUCCUCGGUAGUAUAGUGGUCAGUAUCCCCGCCUGUCACGCGGGAGACCGGGGUUCGAUUCCCCGCCGGGGAGGACUUUUUGUCCUUUGUUUAUCUUUUAAUUAAUUAGUUUAGAUUCCCCCCAUAAUUUUGUUCAUUUUGGUGAGAAGACAGGGGCGCAAACCCUAUAAUAACUCUCGCCCUCAUCCAACUCACCUAAACCAAGUUACGCACUUGGUGACUCCAAUUCUUGUUUCCCCCCAGUAGAAAUGAAAUCAGUAAAAUACCCUUUUAUGUACGAUUUCUUACCUCGAUGCGUUUGCAUUUCUCAGCGGCUUACCUACCCCCUCCCUUUUCUGCGGGUUGGGCGCAGGUAUAACAUAGUAGCGCGCAGAGACCAGAGUAGGGAGACGUCCAUUAGGUCUCGUGAUAGCUCUUUCUUCUCUCUUUUAGUUUCUCUUUUUAAGAUAAUGAUAAUAAAGGGACCGGCUAUCAACUAAUAAUAAUUCAUAAUAUAAUCAAUGAAGAUUAAAACAUCGAUGAUAUCAAUCAAUAAUUUAUAAUAAAUACAUAUCAUUAUAGAGAGAUAUAAGAUUAUCUACGCUGGUUGCAUUAAGCUGAUAAACCGUCAUACACCGUUCAUCCCUUCCGUAAAUAAAACAUUCAUUCAUAUUCAGCCCUUUUAUAAAUGUCGCAAUACGUGCAGUAAUAAACAAAGCUAUUUUCAUUAUACCGAAAUAGUUGUUGUUGUUUUUUAAUUGAUGACGUUUAUAGACAUGAAUUAUGAAAUUCCAAUAAUAAUUUCACCGAAUGGCGAUGUUUUUAUUCACUUUGAUUUCCUUAAUUACAUUUUGAAACAAUUCGAUAACAUCACCAAAUUUUCAGUAUAUAAAGCCAAACAUUUCCGAAUGAAAAUAUAGUUCUCAAACAGUUCAACUGGUACACUAACUUAAAACAAUAAUAUCAUCAUUAUUUAUUCAAAAAUGUGGUUCUCAAAAAUUGCUUGUUUCUUUACUCUUCUUGCUGUAAGUAAGGCAGCAAAUAUUCCAGUCGGUGAUAACAGCACCUAUCCCGAUGAAGAAGUAGAGGGAAAAAUUGUUGGAGGGACUCAAACCACCAUUAACGAUUACCCUUAUGCAUUGUCUCUACAAUACCUACUCAGCCACAUCUGCGGUGGUGCCGUAAUCACCCCGAAAUAUUUUCUAUCAGCCGCACAUUGUUUUGCCGAUUUCCAAGCAUUUUUAUACACGGUUCGAUAUGGAAGUUCAUCACAUUCAUCAGGCGGUCUCGUGGCGUUAGUCGGUGAUGCUUACACCCAUCCAGACUACAACCCAGACACCAUUGACUACGAUAUUGGUGUAGGAUGCAUCAUAGGAUCUUUCAAAUUAUCGUUUAUUACGAAACCUAUUGCUUUGUACCAGCCCGAUCCUGUUGUUGGUACUUUAGCUGAUGUUGUCGGUUGGGGAACUGAACAGGAAGAUGCUACCACCAUUCCUGAUAUUUUAAGAAAAGCGCAGGUGCCUAUUAUUACCAACGAAAAAUGUCAAAAUCAAUAUGGCGUUAAUGCUAUUACACCACGUAUGAUUUGUGCUGGUUACCAACAAGGUGGUAUUGACAGUUGUGCAGGUGAUUCUGGUGGUCCACUUGUCGUAGAGGGUCAGUUGACUGGUUUAGUUUCCUGGGGCAAUGGGUGUGCCAGGGAAGGGUUUGCUGGUGUUUAUAGCAGGGUGAACACCAUGCAGCCAUGGAUUGUGAGUGUUACAGGACCACUGUAAAUAUCCUCAC